AUGAAUUCUAUAAAGAGCAGAGAUCAAGACUAUGGUAAAAAUGUUUUUGUUGAACACAUUUCAGAAGCAAAAGAUUUACAAUUUUGUAUUAGAAUGCAGCUUCCUAAAUUGCUGCAACAAAAUAUUGUUUCUCUCAUUGUAAUUGAUUCUAUCGCUGCUCCAUUUAGAGUGGAGAGUACUGACUAUGUGCAGAGAGCUGGAGAACUCCGAGAACUAGCCAUUAUGCUGAUCACCUUAGCCCAGCAGUAUAAUAUAGCUAUUGUCUGCAUAAAUCAAGUUACAGCAUCGUUUGCUGACUCAGAUUCUAUUCAUCCUGCACUUGGUCUUGCUUGGUCUAAUAUGGUUUCUACGAGAUUAAAAAUUAGCAAAACCACCCAGUCAGUUAUUAUUGAUGAUAGUGGUGUUUGUAAAAGUGAUUCUGGUGGUCAAAAUAAAUUAUUCGCUAGAGAGAUUUCUGUUGUCUUUGCCCCAGAUUUGGCAAAUUCUUCAACUCUGUUUACAAUAACAUCAAAUGGUAUUCAAAGUAUAGAUUAA